AUGUCGAGUGGGUCGGAGCUGUGCGAGCUCAUCUCGCAGAAGCGUGGUGACGAGGCGCUGCGGCUUGUGCAGUCCAAGGCGUUGGGCCUUGCAGCGGUGAAUGGAAGCAAGGACGGGUGGACAGCGCUGCACUCUGCGGUCUUUGUGGGCCAUACCACACUCGUGUCUGCCCUCAUUGCUGCCGGUGCGGAUGUGACCGCCGUCAAUCCGCGUGGCGAGACAGCGCUUCAUCUGGCGGCAGCAGAGAACAAGGUGGCCAUUGUCAAGAUGCUCCUACGGGCGCUCGCAGACCGCUCGCCGCCGCCGCCGCCCACCGCCACUACCGUCACAGCAAAGGGCCACAAUCCGCUGUAUGCUGCCGUUGCUGGGCGCGCCACAGACGCAGCUAUGAUCCUGCUCGAUCCUGCGGCUCACAGCCUGCGGCUGGUCGGCGGACGGCUCGGACUCGAUGUCGUCGAUCGCCACGGCCGCACGGCGCUCAUGGCCGCUGCCCGCAUCGGCGACGCUAGCCUCUGCCAUGCCAUUAUUCAAGCUGCAGCUGACGAGGCUGACAUGAUGGGCAAGCGCGUCGGCGUUGGGUUGGACCUCGUCGACAGCAACGGCCGUACCGCCCUGCACUGGGGCGUCAAGUCCAAGGUUGUCGCCUCCAUCGCCGGCGCCUUUGCUGCCGCCAAUGGCCCGCUCGAUGCAGCAGAUGACAAGUCUGCCACGGUUCUGAUGUAUGUGUGCGUGGUCGGCGACGUGGUGGCGGCCACUGCCCUGCUCAACGCCGGCGCCUCGACCGCGCCGCGCAACGCGACCGGCAACACCGCCCUGCAUCUGGCGGCCAAGCACAAUCAAGCCGCCGUCGUCGAGGCUCUCCUUGCUGCAGGCGCUGAUCCUCUGGUCGAGAACACAGCUGGCAAGCGUCCUGGCGCCCUCACCGCAGACAGUGCGGUCGAGCGCGCGCUCCGGGACGCCGCCCAGGCUGCUGCCGAUGCUGCUGCCGCCGCUGCCGCCGCCGAGGCUGCCUCGGCCUCUUGCGCUGAUCCGUCGCCCAGCCUCACGCUCGGCACGCUCAGCACGCUGCCUUCGUCGAGUUCGCUCUCGCUCUCGGGCGAUCCGUCGCUCGACGUGCUCGGCGGCUCGAGCCGGCCGGCCAAGCGCCAAAAGAUUGACCACGUGCCGGCCUCGCCGUCGGUCGCCUCGACCUCGCUCACCUUUUCCCAGGCUCUGGAGCUGACGACCGCCACCAUGCUCGGCGUUGCUGCCACCAUCUCGGACGCUUCAAUCGCCACCAUAAGCUCGAUGCCGCCGUCGCGCAAGCGGGCGCGCUCGCCCGACAACGUCCAACUGCCAGCCGUCCCGAGUUCGGCGACAGGCGUGAGUGUGAGCCCAGCUCCGAGCUCCUCCAACUCAAGCAUCCCAGCGCAGCUCUCGAUGGGCUUGAGCAUGAUGUCGCUCCCGUCCGACUCAUCCCCGCCCCGCUCACCCGAGCCCGCCGCAUCAUCGCUCGCCGCCAUCCUUGACACACUUGGCGUCUCCCACGUUCUCCCACUCCUUCGCGCCGAAGAAGUUGAUCUCGCUGCGCUCUCCCUCCUCAACGAGUCUGAUCUCAAAGAGCUUGGGAUCGCCAUGGGCACGCGCAAGAAGCUCCUCGCUUACAUCCGCGCCAACCCAUCAUCACUCGCCAUGCAGCAGCCGUAA